CAGAUUUGGAUUAAACCAUUGGAUUACAGUAAAUAGUCGGACGGAGCGAAGAACAGGAGGGCUGUCAGAUCGAAUUGAAAACGGUGACUCCCUGAGUUCAGAGAACCGCUCCUGUCAGGAACGGCCUCUCUCUGUCCGCGACGCUGGGCGGCCCAUGCUCCCGCAGUGCACCAUGGGUAGCUCUCCAGAGGUGCUGUCAUGGGCGUCAUGCCCCAGCCUGCUUGUUGGCAAGCUGAAGGAGGAGCUAAAGAACACUGUGGUGGGGGACAGCGUUAAGAAAACUUCCUCUCCCAACACCCCAGCCCCUCCCCUUCCUCUACCCCCCCAGAUCAUCACAGAUCUAGCGCCUCCCACACACCUCCUGGUUCCCCUGAUGACGCUCGCCCCACCCCCAUGCCAGGACGAGGAGGCUAUGCUGGGCACCAGCCCACCAAUCACAGCGCUCAGUGAGGACUCUGGGCGGGAGCAGAGACAGUUUGACAACAGCGUGCUCCAAUUUCAGGAGCAUGAGGAGGCGGAGUCACCGGCAUCAUGUGGCCAGGAGGGGUGUGGCAGCGGGGGCGAGGGGGAGGGGACAAGGGAGGGGUUGUGUCCCAUACACCAACACCACCCUGGGUCUGGAACCCACAACCACCCUCACCCCCAUGAUGACAUCAAACUGCACUUCCACAGAGCACCGGGAGGAGGGGGGUUCCUGGAGGGCCUGUUCGGCUGUCUCAGACCCGUCUGGAACAUCAUAGGGAAGACCUACAGCACUGAAUACAAGCUGCAGCAACAAGACAUGUGGGAGGUCCCGUUUGAGGAGAUCUCGGAGCUGCAGUGGCUGGGCAGCGGGGCGCAGGGGGCUGUCUUUCUGGGGAAGCUCCAUGGCAAUGAGGUGGCCAUCAAGAAGGUCCGUGAGCAGAAAGAGACAGACAUCAAACACCUGAGGAAGCUCAAACACCCCAACAUCAUCGGCUUCAAGGGUGUGUGCACCCAGGCUCCGUGCUACUGUAUCUUAAUGGAGUAUUGUUCCCAGGGCCAACUCUAUGAGGUUCUGAGGGCCGGACGGAAGGUGACCCCCAGACUGCUGGUGGACUGGGCCUCAGGGAUCGCCUCUGGGAUGAACUACCUGCAUCUCCACAAGAUCAUACACAGAGACCUCAAGUCACCCAAUGUGCUGGUGACCCAACAAGAUACUGUGAAGAUCAGUGACUUCGGGACAUCCAAGGAGCUCAGUGAUAAGAGUACUCAGAUGUCGUUCGCUGGUACGGUGGCCUGGAUGGCCCCAGAGGUCAUCAGGAACGAACCGGUGUCUGAGAAAGUAGACAUCUGGUCGUUUGGCGUGGUGUUAUGGGAGCUGCUGACUGGAGAGAUCCCCUAUAAAGACGUGGACUCCUCAGCCAUCAUCUGGGGUGUGGGUAGCAACAGUCUCCACCUCCCUGUUCCCUCCACAUGCCCUGAUGGGUUCAAGAUCCUCAUGAAGCAGACAUGGCAAGGGAAGCCCAGGAACCGUCCGUCAUUCCGUCAAAUCCUACUCCAUCUGGACAUCGCCUCAGCUGAUAUCCUGGGAGCUCCUCAGGAGACCUACUUCAAGUCUCAGUCUGAGUGGAGGGAGGAGGUGAGGAAACACUUUGAGAAGAUCAAGUCUGAAGGAACCUGCAUCCACCGACUGGAUGAGGAGCUGAUCAAACGCAGGAGGGAUGAACUCAGACAUGCCCUGGACAUCAGGGAGCACUACGAGAGGAAGUUGGAGAGAGCUAACAACCUCUACAUGGAGCUGAGUGCCAUCAUGUUACAGCUGGAGGUCCGCGAGAAGGAGCUCAUCAAGAGAGAGUUGGCUGUGGAGAAGAAGUAUCCAGGUAACUACAAGCGUUCCCACCUGGUGCGGCCCAUCGUCAGGCCCAACGCCGUGGAGAAAUUCAUCAGGAAGAAAGGCUGCAUUUCCCACAAGACUGGGAUACCCCCUGCGAAGAGGCCGGACCUGCUGCGUUCCGAAGGUAUCCCCAGUGUGGAGGUGCUCCCAUCCCCCUCGCCCCACUCUACCAGCCCCAAGGUUUCCACACCACCUGGCAAGCAGAGGUACCGCAGCAAGCCCCGGCACCGCCGUGCCAACAGCAAGGGUUCCCACAGCGACUUCCCCGGGGUUCUGAAGACCGGGCCGGGGGCGGAGGCUACGGAGGAGCAACAACCCCUCGAAGACCACUACCAGCACCAACCUCUAGGGAAGCAGCACUACCAUCAUCCUGCCACCGGGUGUGCUGUCCAAGAGCACUACGAGCACCACCACCAUCCCCCACCACAGGGCCCUCUGCUGCCCCUGAAGAACAGAGAGGAAGCGGUGGUCAACUGUGCCAACAACCUGCGUUACUUCGGCCCGGCCGCGGCCCUGCGGAGCCCCCAGACAGACCACCUCCAACGCCGCCUGUCCGGCACCAGCCCUGACCUCAUCUCUACGGCCGUGGUGUCAGACUCACGCCAGCGCAGCAUCUCUGUGUCAGGCCCCGGGGGGAGGGGUGGGACACUGUGCCCCUGCUGCCAGGCACACCCCUUUCCAGGCUGCCUGCACUGCCAGGAGACCCCCCCGGCCCCCAGCCACCCAGUGCUGCCACACUACUCCCUGCUGUCCACCUGGGAGGGCUCGUCCCCCUCCCUGUCCAGAGUACCUGACCCCACAGCAGAGGGAGAGCAGCAGGAGAAGCAGGAUACAGCUCGGAAGAGCAGCUUACCCUCUGGAGCUGGCCUCCCACGCAACCUCAGGCCCCUCAGGAAGGCUGGUGAUGAGUCGUCAGAGGAAGAGGAGGGGGAGGUGGACAGUGAGGUGGAGUUUCCACGGAGACAGAGACCACACCACUGUAUGAGGUCGUUCCAGUCCUACUCCACCUUCAGCUCAGAGAACCUGUCUGUAUCUGAGGAAGAGGAGGGUAACACCAGUGACCGCUCCCACAGCGGACCCCUGGAGCUCCUUUCAGCCUCUCAGGAGGACCACCUGGAUGAGCUGCUAUCCCACACACCUGACAUCCCCAUCGACAUCAACACCCAGUCAGACGGCCUGUCUGAUAAGGAGUGUGCUGUCCGCAGGGUCAAGACCCAGAUCUCCCUGGGGAAACUGUGUUCUGAUGAGCACAGCUAUGAGAACCCGCUGCACUUUGACUCUGACUGUGAUUCCUCUGAUGCAGAGUGUUCUGAUGCCACCAUUAAGAACAACCAGCCUGGCGCACACACCUCCUGGUGAUCAGCCUCCCCAUGGAAUAUCCUGGGGGCCACUCGGCCCUCCCGUCUGCUUGGAAAAACUCUGGGCCCCAGGAGCCUACAGGGCCAUAGCAACGCCCCUGCAAUAGAUCCUCUCCCUACUUCCUCACUGCAUAGCAUCCCCAUUCCACCCAGACAACCUAAGCAGGGAUCCCUUUUGAACGAUAUUAGAUAUAUAUACUGUAGAUAGAUGAUUGUGUAACAGUUUGAGGGAAAAAUCAGGAACUCUGUAAAACUUAAGAAGAAACAACAACAAAACUGUUAAUUGUAAGAUACUGGUGAGGAUGAUGAUGAUGAAGAGGACGCAGUGCAGCUUGGACCAGCCAGAGACUAUAAACUAACCAGUGGGUAACAGUGACUGUGUUACUGUAGGGCUGGGCAGGAUGCUGCUGUACUGUGUGUGUGUGUGUGUGUGUGUGUGUCAGGUGCUGGUCUCUCAGGCCACUGUCAGUACUCCAGAACAGUACAGUGAGUACGUUUACAUGCACACUAAUAAUUUGAUAUUAAACUGAUUAUGCCAGUAGGCAGAUUAUGCAAUAGUCAUGUAAACACCUAACUCUGCUUAUCUUAACUGGCGUAAGGUCAAAAUGGAAGGAAGUAUACACCGAUUAAAAUACCUGGUUUUCUGAGCCAUCUGUUGAAUUACUAGGUCAAAAACUUAAUCAGUCCUACAGUGUGUUUGAUCUGACAUGUGCUGGCACCAGCCGAGUGGGCCUCCCUCUUGAGGGAAGUGAGUGGGCCUCCCUCUUGAGGGAAGUGUGUGGGCCUCCCUCUUGAGGGAAGUGAGUGGGCCUCCCUCUUGAGGGAAGUGAGUGGGCCUCCCUCUUGAGGGAAGUAAGUGGGCCUCCCUCUUGAGGGAAGUGAGUGGGCCUCCCUCUUGAGGGAAGUGUGUGGGCCUCCCUCUUGAGGGAAGUGAGUUCGGGACAACUGAAUGUAUGCGUCAUUGAAGUAGUUUUCACAUACAAACUUUAUAUGUCCGAACACAGAAUCAAAUAUGCUUCCCAAAAAUAACACGGUAAUGACGUGGUACGGAGUUUAUUUUGAUUGCCGAUGUUCUUUAUUCAUCAUAUUGCCAUCAGGCAGCCUGAUUUCAAAUGUGUUCAUGUAAACAGGAUUAUUGGGGAAAUCUUUCUUCUUGCAAAGCAUGUAAACAUUUUAAACAAACUAUUAUAUUAAUCUGAUUAUCCACAAUAAUCACAUUAUUGUGUACAUGUAACCGUACUCAGUGAGUAUUCCAGAAUGGGACUGUCUGUAUUCCAGAACAGUACUGUCAGUAUUCCAGAAUGGGACUGUUAGUAUUCCAGAAUGAGACAGUCAGUGUUCCAGAUCAGUACUGUCAGUGUUCCAGAUCAGUACUAUCAGUAUUCCAGAAUGGGACUGUCAGUAUUCCAGAAUGGGACUGUCAGUAUUCCAGAACAGUACUGUAGGUAUUCUAGAACAGUGCUGUCAGUAUUCCAGAAGGGGACUGUCAGUGUUCAAGAAUGAGACAGUCAGUGUUCCAGAUCAGUACUGUCAGUAUUCCAGAAUGGGACUGUCAGUAUUCCAGAAUGGGACUGUUAGUAUACCAGAAGGGGGCUGUCAGUAUUCCAGAAUGGGACUGUCAGUAUUCCAGAGCAGUACUGAUGAUUCUAACUGUGUGAAAAGAACAUCAGAACACACAGCCUCCUGUCUUGUCCCACAGCCCAGCCCCCCCACCAACCAUCACUGUCUCUGAAACUGUCUGACCAGUCCAGUAUGAUAUAACCUACCUGCUAAACAUGACUUUACAGAUGAAUCAGGACUGUAACCCGAUCCCCAGUGGGACACAGACAUGGGCAAAUAACGUCUAAACACCAGCAUGAAACAGCCCAACCAUGUCCCAACCAUCAACCAACGUUGUCCCAACCAUCAGGGAUCCAUUUCAACACAGAUGGUUGGUUGGGAGAUGGUUGAUACAACGUUGGUUGUGAACCAGUACCUGGGCUUGAGGAGACGAGAUCUCCUGAUGCUCAACCAGAAUAUGGAGUUUCUCAGAGCAACUAUCAUCAUUACUGCCAUUCUGCAAGGAAUGUACUUCCAGAACAGGUCUGAAUACAAAUUUGCUAUUGUUUUUGACCAAGUGUGCAAAUGCCAGAUCGACCUUCGGCACCGCCAAUAUAAUCCCUUAUUAUACUGCCACGGACAGGUUGGCCGGACCAGCAGUAGUACAGCAUUCAGACCUGUUCUGGAAGUACAUUCCUUGCAGAAUGGCAGUAAUGAUGAUAGUUGCUCUGAGAAACUCCAUAUUCUGGUUGAGAACCGAAUGUAUUUUCAUGUUAUACCGUUUGCAGAGCUGGGUAAUGGGACUUUGAAUUGAAGGAUCCUGAGCAUCAGGAGAUCUCGUCUCCUCAAGCCCAGGUACUGGUUCACAACCAACGUUGUAUCAACCAUCUCCCAACCAACCAUCUGUGUUGAAAUGGAUCCCUGCAGCAGAACUGCACCACCUUAGCAUGUCUGUUUGGCUUGUAAGGACAGACUACCCAGAAGUCUGCAUGACUCAAAAAGAGCAGAAAAGCACAAGAUCAUUUUAGUUCUCUCCCAACCCAGCCAGAUCGACCUGGCUCCAGAGAAUCCUCCAUAACCAAGUAUCCAAUCUCGCUGUCCUGCAUCAAGUCAAGUCGUAGCACCUGUAUGUCUCAACACCCUCGUGCACUGUGAUGUUAUGGUACUGUACUGUCUGUCUCCUGCUCAGGAUGCUCUUUCUGGACCAAGACUGGACCUAUAACGUUAUCAUGUAGUAUCUCUGUUGUGUGUUGUUCCGCGUGGGCCAAUACCGUGGUAUAUGUUGUUGAAUGGUACAGUGGACCAGGUAGAAAUGUUGGAGUGAAGUUGGUGUAAUAACUAGGUGGAACAUAGUUGCCACUGAGGUGCAGUAUCCCAGUUUUAUCAGGCCCCCUGAGUCUCCGUUUGUUCCAUGUCUUUCAGCAAGGUUGUUCAUCGGGCAUUGGUGCAUGUUACGCUAUGUUAUUGUCUGACAGAGGACCAGUCAGACACCAGACUGAAUGGUGUUACAGAGGGGAGAGUAGACACCAGACUGAAUGGUCUGACAGAGGGGAGAGUAGAGGACCAGUCAGACACCAGACUGAAUGGUGUUACAGAGGGGAGAGUAGACACCAGACUGAAUGGUCUGACAGAGGGGAGAGUAGAGGACCAGUCAGACACCAGACUGAAUGGUGUUACAGAGGGGACGGUAGACACCAGACUGAAUGGUGUUACAGAGGGGAGAGUAGAGGACCAGUCAGACACCAGACUGAAUGGUGUUACAGAGGGGAGAGUAGAGGACCAGUCAGACACCAGACUGAAGGGUCUGACAGAGGACCAGUCAGACACCAGACUGAAUGGUGUUACAGAGGGGAGAGUAGACACCAGACUGAAUGGUCUGACAGAGGGGAGAGUAGAGGACCAGUCAGACACCAGACUGAAUGGUGUUACAGAGGGGAGAGUAGACACCAGACUGAAUGGUGUUACAGAGGGGAGAGUAGAGGACCAGUCAGACACCAGACUGAAUGGUGUUACAGAGGGGAGAGUAGAGGACCAGUCAGACACCAGACUGAAGGGUCUGACAGAGGACCAGUCAGACACCAGACUGAAUGGUGUUACAGAGGGGAGAGUAGAGGACCAGUCAGACACCAGACUGAAUGGUCUGACAGAGGACCAGUCAGACACCAGACUGAAUGGUGUUACAGAGGGGAGAGUAGACACCAGACUGAAUGGUGUUACAGAGGGGAGAGUAGACACCACCAGACUGAAUGGUGUUACAGAGGGGAGAGUAGACACCAGACUGAAUGGUCUGACAGAGGGGAGAGUAGAGGACCAGUCAGACACCAGACUGAAUGGUGUUACAGAGGGGAGAGUAGACACCAGACUGAAUGGUCUGACAGAGGGGAGAGUAGAGGCACAGCCAGACACCAGACUGAAUGGUCUGACAGCGGGGAGAGUAGAGGACCAGUCAGACACCAGACUGAAUGGUGUUACAGAGGGGAGAGUAGAGGACCAGUCAGACUCCAGACUGAAUGGUGUUACAGAGGGGAGAGUAGAGGCACAGUCAGACACCAGACUGAAUGGUGUUACAGAGGGGAGAGUAGAGGACCAGUCAGACACCAGACUGAAUGGUGUUACAGAGGGGAGAGUAGACACCAGACUGAAUGGUCUGACAGAGGGGAGAGUAGAGGACCAGUCAGACACCAGACUGAAUGGUGUUACAGAGGGGAGAGUAGAGGCACAGUCAGACACCAGACUGAAUGGUCUGACAGCGGGGAGAGUAGAGGACCAGUCAGACACCAGACUGAAUGGUGUUACAGAGGGGAGAGUAGACACCAGACUGAGUGGUCUGACAGAGGACCAGUCAGACACCAGACUGAAUGGUGUUACAGAGGGGAGAGUAGAGGCACAGUCAGACACCAAACUGAAUGGAACCACUGUCUAGACGGCUGGACAUAUAGUUAGUGGCAGACAGACAGGCUAUAUUUUUAAACAGUGAGUCGUUUUCAUAAAUGACUUGGUAAAGUACUUCUUGCCUUUGCUGGUUUGAUGCUCAGGUUUUCAGUUGAAGAUAGAGUGUUGUUUUGGUUUUCUCUACUGUAACAAUCUAAUGUCUACUGGAUGGCUCCAGGUACAGUGGGUUAUGUUGCCUUGUAUUACAUAGUGUGGUUUCAUAACCGGCUCCAUUCCAUACCUGCAUCCCAAAAUGGCACCCUAUUCCCUAUAUAGUGCCACUGGUCAACAGUAUAUAGGGAAUAGGGUGCCAUUUGGGACGCAUUCCUUUUAUAAUUUAGAAGACCAGCUGUCAGAAAGGAUGAUCAUUUUUCUCAUCUCCUCGCAGUCUUCCUUAGUGCUAGUAACACUCUGUUUGUGUCGUCCUCUUUUAAAAGGGAUACUGCAUCUUGUGUAACUAGCAACACUAGAAUCAUGUUACCCCUGUAUGUGUUUCAGUAUCUGUGUAAAACAUGUUUAUAUUUUUAGAUUAUGGCCAGUCAGGGUUAAGUCAAACAUCUGUAUGAAACAUCGUAUGAAAUGAAAUGAAUGGAGAUCAGAUGGCUCACAUUUCAAAUCAGGAAAACAAGGCAGAGACACCGAGACCACAGAACACAGAACAGACUGCUGCUCUUGGUCUGAUGCAACAUCAUCUAAAUGUCAGUAGCUAGCAGAGCCAUAUACAGAGAGAGUUGGGCCAGCUUUUAGAAUGGGCGCCAUGUUGCUGCCAUUGAGCAUUCUAUUUAUCCACUCAUAACCAUCAUUUGGAUUCUAAUUUGAAUUCAGGACGUUCAGACUCAGUAAGUCUCCUUGACGUCAUUUGUGAUUAUGAAAUAUGAAACUUUUGUGGCGACAAAACAAACCCAGGCAAUACAUCAUGUGAACAAACCCAGGCAAUACAUCAUGUAAACAAACCCAGACAAGACAUCAUGUAAACAAACCCAGGCAAGACAUCAUGUAAACAAACCCAGACAAGACAUCAUGUAAACAAACCCAGACAAGACUUCAUGUAAACAAACCCAGACAAGACUUCAUGUAAACAAGACAUCAUGUAAACAAACCCAGACAAGACAUCAUGUAAACAAACCCAGACAAGACAUCAUGUAAACAAACCCAGACAAGACAUCAUGUAAACAAACCCAGACAAGACAUAAUGUAAACAAACCCAGACAAGACAUCAUGUAAACAAACCCAGACAAGACAUCAUGUAAACAAACCCAGAGAAGACAUCAUGUAAACAAACCCAGACAAGACAUCAUGUAAACAAACCCAGACAAGACAUCAUGUAAACAAACCCAGACAAGACAUCAUGUAAACAAACCCAGACAAGACAUCAUAUAAACAAACCCAGACAAGACAUCAUGUAAACAAACCCAGACAAGACAUCGUGUAAACAAACCCAGACAAGACAUCAUGUAAACAAACCCAGACAAGACAUCAUGUAAACAAACCCAGACAAGACAGCAUGUAAACAAACCCAGACAAGACAGCAUGUAAACAGACCCAGACAAGACAGCAUGUAAACAAACCCUGACAAGACAUCAUGUAAACAAACCCAGACAAGACAUCAUGUAAACAAACCCAGACAAGACAUCAUGUAAACAAACCCUGACAAGACAUCAUGUAAACAAACCCUGACAAGACAUCAUGUAAACAAACCCUGACAAGACAUCAUGUAAACAAACCCAGACAAGACAUCAUGUAAACAAACCCAGACAAGACAUCAUGUAAACAAACCCAGACAAGACAUCAUGUAAACAAACCCAGACAAGACAUCAUGUAAACAAACCCAGACAAGACAUCAUGUAAAAAAUAAACAGGUAUCAGACAGCUGGGCCAGCCACUCUAUACUAGUCAGUAUCAGACAGCUGGGCCAGCCACUCUAUACUAGUCAGUAUCAGACAGCUGGGCCAGACACUCUAUACUAGUCAGUAUCAGACAGCUGGGCCAGCCACUCUAUACUAGUCAGUAUCAGACAGCUGGGCCAGACACUCUAUACUAGUCAGUAUCAGACAGCUGGGCCAGACACUCUAUACUAGUCAGUAUCAGACAGCUGGGCCAGACACUCUAUACUAGUCAGUAUCAGACAGCUGGGCCAGACACUCUAUACUAGUCAGUAUCAGACAGCUGGGCCAGCCACUCUAUAUUAGUCAGUAUCAGACAGCUGGGCCAGCCACUCUAUAUUAGUCAGUAUCAGACAGCUGGGCCAGCCACUCUAUAUUAGUCAGUAUCAGACAGCUGGGCCAGACACUCUAUACUAGUCAGUAUCAGACAGCUGGGCCAGACACUCUAUACUAGUCAGUAUCAGACAGCUGGGCCAGCCACUCUAUACUAGUCAGUAUCAGACAGCUGGGCCAGCCACUCUAUAUUAGUCAGUAUCAGACAGCUGGGCCAGCCACUCUAUACUAGUCAGUAUCAGACAGCUGGGCCAGACACUCUAUACUAGUCAGUAUCAGACAGCUGGGCCAGCCACUCUAUAUUAGUCAGUAUCAGACAGCUGGGCCAGCCACUCUAUAUUAGUCAGUAUCAGACAGCUGGGCCAGCCACUCUAUACUAGUCAGUAUCAGACAGCUGGGCCAGCCACUCUAUACUAGUCAGUAUCAGACAGCUGGGCCAGACACUCUAUACUAGUCAGUAUCAGACAGCUGGGCCAGCCACUCUAUAUUAGUCAGUAUCAGACAGCUGGGCCAGCCACUCUAUAUUAGUCAGUAUCAGACAGCUGGGCCAGCCACUCUAUACUAGUCAGUAUCAGACAGCUGGGCCAGCCACUCUAUAUUAGUCAGUAUCAGACAGCUGGGCCAGCCUCCAUUUUUUAUUUAACCUUUAUUUAACUCUGCAAAUCAGUUAAGAACAAAGUCUUGAUUUCAAUGACGGCCUAGGAACAGUGGGUUAACUGCCUUGUUCAGGGGCCGAACGACAGAUUUUGUACCUUGUCAGCUCGGGGAUUCGAUCUUGCAUUCCAGGGUUUGUCUUGUAGAAUAAUAGUGAAUAUAUCAAAACUAUGAAAUAACACAUAUGGAAUCAUGUAGUAACCAAAAAAAUGUUAAACAAAUCAAAAUAUAUUUUAGAUUUUCAAAGUAGCCACCCUUUGCCUUGAUGACAGCUUUGCACACUCUUGGGCAUUCUAUCAACCAGCUUCAUGAGGCAGUCACCUGGAAUGCAUUUCAAUUAACAGGUGUGCCUUGUUAAAAGUUCAUGCGUUUGAGCCAAUCAGUUGUGUUGUGACAAGGUAGGGUGGGUAUAUCGAAGAUAGCACUAUUUGGAAAAAGACCACGUUGACAGUCCAUCAUUACUUUAAGACAUGAAGGUCAGUCAAUCCGGAGAAUUUCAAGAACUUUGAAAGUUUCAAGUGCAGUCGCAGAAACCAUCAAGCGCUAUGAUGAAACUGGCUCUCGUGAGGACCGCCACAGGAAAGAAAGAACCAGAGUUACCUCUGCUGCAGAGGAUAAGUUCAUUAGAGUUAACUGCACCUCAGAUUGCAGUUUAUUCUGUAUCACUCAACUCUCAUUCAUGAGUCUUGUUUGUACUGAGAGGGAUAUAGCUAGAUAUGUUAAUGUGUUGCUGUAAUCCUUGAUGUAGACGCACAGAUAGAACAAAUUAUCAAUAACCCUAAUUCAUCAUAAUUAUCUGGAGAAAUGUGACCUGAUCAAUAACCCUAAUGCAUCAUAAUUACUGGAGAAAUCUGACCUGAUCAAUAACCCUAAUGCAUCAUAAUUACUGGAGAAAUGUGACCUGAUCAAUAACCCUAAUGCAUCAUAAUUACUGGAGAAAUGUGACCUGAUCAAUAACCCUAAUGCAUCAUAAUUACUGGAGAAAUGUGACCUGAUCAAUAACCCUAAUGCAUCAUAAUUACUGGAGAAAUGUGACCUGAUCAAUAACCCUAAUGCAUCAUAAUUACUGGAGAAAUCUGACCUGCAAUUUAUAAACAAAGUUGCUGUAGUUAUAAUUCAUAAAACUGCCAUUUGUAUUACUUUGAAGGGAUCCAAAUGGCAAAUGAAUCUAUACAUUUCUAGAUAUAUUAAACCAUAAAAAAGUGACAUUUUAUUUAGGACAUUCUGAGUCUGGCUUUAAAAUGAUUAAGAAAAUGCAAUGAUCUGCUAUUGGUCAAUAUUGUCCAUGGUGAGCCACCAUGGCUGCCAUAUAGAAUUAUGUAGGGGAUAAUCAACGAGGGUCUAUGCAUUCUCUGGUGAAUAUUGCCCAUGGUGAGCCACCAUGGCUGCCAUAUGGAAUUAUGUAGGGGAUAAUCAACGAGGGUCUAUGCAUUCUCUGGUCAAUAUUGAGCGGCGUGGAAGGUGUGGCAGAGUGGAACGGAUCUUCCAAGGAGUUGCAUUAUGUCCAAAUACCGCAUAGAGUCCUGAGUUGAUUAUCCCUUUUAUGCCAUGGCUAUAAUUUAACAUUUGCCACUAAAAAUGUGAUCAUUUAGGGCUCUCGAGUGGCGCAGCGGUCUAAGGCACUGCAUCUCAGUGCAAGAGGUGUCACUACAGUCCCUGGUUCAAAUCCAGACUGUAUCCCAUCUGGCCCAUGAUUGGAAGUCCCAUAGGGACUUGCACAAGUGGCCAGUGUAGGCACAGAACAGAUGCUUGUCAGGACCCAAUGGCUAACUGGUACCCUAGUCCCUACAAAUAAGAAUUUGUUCUUAACUGACUUGCCUAGUUAAAGAAAAGUUCAAUUAAAGAAAGGUUUAACAUCAAUUUACUAGAUACUGUAGUUGCUGGGGUAACAAACAGACUUGUUAGUCUAACCAAACCGUCAGUCCUAGCUUGUUAUUAUGAAAAUCUAAUUCAACAAUACCAAAACUGUUUUCAAUUCCACAUUUUCUUUCAAAUGCAGCUCAAACAAAACAUGUACAAAUUUAACUAUAGCCAUUGAAUUCUACCGUGCUGAUAUACCAUGCAUUAUUGGGAAAUAAUACACACUCUAGAAUGCCCUUCAAGCCAACCAGAAACGAGUAUUCAACAAUGCCAUGGUAUAAUUGAUUGUAGUGUCCUAACUAUCUAAACAGAUGACUCUGGUAGCUACUCCUCCUGUCCUGUCCUGUCUGUCUGUGUAUAAACCAUUGACUAAUGUUGUAUGAACUCUGACCCGUAGUAUGUUCUGACCCCUGUCACAUGACCAGCGUCAGAGCCUCAGCUAUGGGCCACUGUCCCUGAUCAGCUGACUGGGGUGACGGUAAUGAUGUGAGAAUUGAAGGAUCGAUCAAUCCUGUGGAUGAAGAUGUGGAAUACCAGUAUAGACUUUUGGCACCCUAUUCCCUUUAUAGUGCACUACUUUUGACCAGGGCCCAUUGGGG